AUGAGACCACCAACAGCAUGUCUGAACUGCAGGACAGGCAAACGAAAAUGCGACCGCACGGCCAAUCUACCAUGUUCUCCAUGCCUACAGCGAAAUUUACCAUGCCCUGGAAAUGCAGAAACUACACGACUAUCUGAAUCGCCAACAGCCAAGAGGCCCCUGGCACCUCAACCUCAGCUCAACAUACGAGAAGAAGAGAUACAUCUGGUCGAUCUCUACUUUCGCUUCAUCCAUAAUUCACCUCAUAGCCUAUUCCAUGAGCCAACGUUCAAAGACACUGUUGUUCAAGGCACAGUCUCGAAGCCUGUUCUCCUUGCUAUGAUGGGCAUGUCUGCAAGGUUUGCCGCACAGCCAGAAAUAGUUGCCCGCGGACCAAUGUAUCGCGCUGAGGCAACUAAAUCACUGAAAGAUGAUCUCGAACACAUUUGCAUCGAGAACAUCCAGGCUUGCAUCUUGGUGGGAAACAACUUCUUUGGCGAAGGAGAUGCUGACGCGGAGUCAUUGUAUUUUGGACUGGCUAGUCGAAUGUCUCAAAUUCUCAAGCUUGGUGUUUGUAACGACGCCGAUGACGGAGUCACCCGUGAAGUCAAGCGACGAAUAUACUGGACAUGUUUCAUCAUUGACACUUGGGCUAGUGGGGGCUCCAAUUUGUCAAGACAGUUCAAAUGGCAAAAUACUCAUCCCCGACCGCCAAUGGAUGAGUACGUCUUGAACCAGAUGAAAGCAGGAGACCCUGAUAUCCCUGAUUCGCAAUGGAAGCCUGGCUUAUGGGGUUACAUGGUCAACCUGGUCGAGAUAUAUACGGAGAUACAGAACUUUCACCAAGACCUUGCUGAUACAACGGAAUGGGACGAAUCGUUCAUAGACGACACGGUUCGACACCUCGAAAACAAGCUUGUGGCGUUUGAGGAAGCCAUUGGUCCCACACUUUCCUUUUCAAGGGAGAAUUUGACAACAUUUGUGGACCGUGGCUUAGGUCGUGUCUUUGUUGCCUUUCACCUGGGCUAUCAUCAUUAUUACACCCUACUGUUCUACCACUACCUGGAUCGACGUCGACCUCAGACACGAAACAGCAACAAAUACUCUGCAACUUGCAAAGCCCAUGCUAUAGUCGUCUGCGAGGUACUAAAAGCGUCUAGAGAAGUCCCUGGAGCUGAAGCUUUGUACAAUAUAGUUGGUCACGUCACUAUCGUGUCCUCUUCUGUUCUACUGCAUACGUUCAUGUUUGGAGAAGCCCAUGAGCUUGAAGACUCACGGGCUCGUCUCGGGUCGAACUUAGAGUCUUUGGUACAGCUAAGAAGAUAUUGGCCAAGUGUUGAGAGAAUGAUCAAUCGAUUGGUAGUAUUCCAACGGGGCUGUAUCAACUCAAUGAAUGUUGAGUCAUACAGAUUUGAUAAGUGGAUGGUUAAGUUUCUGAUUGCUCAUGCGCUGGCCCUUGAGGACAAGGUAGACGAUAGUUGGCCUAGUCCUUAUCCAGAGCCUUCAUAUCGUGACGUUCAGAUUGAGCGCGGCUUGAUUACGCAAGCCAUGAUUACAGAUAUUCAGAACUACAGCGGAGGUGAAAGUUUUAUUUAA